AUGCCUCACUUUAAGACAGAAAAGUCUCAUAAACGCAAACACUCUCAACAUACCAAUCCACUAUUACCUCGACCGAGUUUCCAAGGAAACCACAACAUCAACUAUGGAGCCUACACCAUACGAAUACCAAACUACACAUUCGAUCAACCAAAACUACUUUUAGACUUCCAACAUAUCAUAAAAACAUCCGAUCAGCUCUCUGUGUUCGUCAAACUAUCUCCUUAUGCCCUAAGACUCGAGCGAGAAUAUUACAUGGCACGUCGGCUGUACACAUUACCCGAUGGUCCUCAUUACCUCUCAAAUGUCAUUGAAAUGGUUUCCUUGGCUCACGAUGGUCUUGCAGCGCUCAUCUACACUGCCGAAACCCCGAAUCUCGAACUACCAACCACAUUUGAAAAUAUCGAAAGCUUCAUGACAUUUGCAAUCUUUGCCUGUAGAUCACUUCAUUUCCUUCACGCAAACAAUAUAAUCCAUGGCGAGCUACGACCCUCGUCUUUUCAGACAAAUAAUAGUAAAGAUAUCACAAGGAUCUGGAACUUUGGUUCGGGUAUGAGAUCAUACGAAGAUAUCUUGCUCACCGGACCAGGUUGGAAAAGAAGUGCGGCAACAGCUACAUCAUCAACAGCGACAACAGGAACAACAACAGCAGUGAUAUCAGAAACCGAACCCGAAAUUGAAACAGAAACAGAGAUAGAAACAGAAACAUCAAAAACAUCAUCAUUAUUAUUAUCAUCAUCAUCAUCAACAACAACAACAACAACAACAACAACAGCAGCAGCAGCAGCAGCAGCAACAGCAACAGCAGCAGCAACAGCAACAGCAACAGCAACAGCAACAACAAUAAUAAAGAAAAAAUCCGUAAAAAAAGCAUCAAAUGUAAUAAAACACCAGCAACCAAAUCAAAUAGAGGAUCCAAUCGAACCAAGAACCUUUGCUAGAUUAGCAGCAUCCAAAAGUGUUCAGCACACACUUGCCUAUCUUAGUCCAGAACAAACAGGAAGAACAUCAACCGUGGUCGAUCAUCGAACAGAUCUUUAUUCUCUUGGUAUUGUCUUUUUUGUGCUUUUGACAGGUCAAAUGCCAUUCGAAGGAUCAGCCGUCGAUAUCCUCCAGGCCGUCCUUACACGCAAUGUUCCGCCUGCACACACAAUUCGAAUAGGAGUCCCACCAGUGAUGAGUCUGAUGAUAGAUAAACUGACACGAAAGGUAGUCGAUGAACGAUACAAUAGUGCGUAUGGCUUACUUGAAGACCUACUUGAAUGUCAACGUCGAAUGAAGUGCCCAGAUCCAGCAGAGUCUUUAGUCUUCUUUCCACUCGGACUACACGACAUCUACUCAAUAUUCCAAUUUCCUAGCCACUUGUUUGGUCGAGAUCAUGAAAUCGAAACUGUGCGCCUCAUAACUCGAAGAGUAAGCUGCACCCACGCCUUGGAAAUGGAGAAACGCUCGGCCACAACCGUAGCUGAAAAAGACAAGAAAGAAAAAGACGAAGAAAGAGGCCAAGAUGACAAAGACAAAGACAAAGACAAAGAAGAAGAAAAGGUUUUGUGUAUUCCACGCCAAGCCAUGAGAGACACAAAGACGGCCAGUGAAGUGAUCGUGAUUAUGGGCCCCGGUGGUGUGGGAAAGUCUGUGCUGGUCACUAUGAUGCACACCCAGGCACGCCAGCAUGGAUAUCUAGCCUCAUCAAAAUUCGACUCUAACCAAAAGAGGCCCUACAACGGCCUCCUGCGCUGUCUGUCGUCUAUCCUGAGACAGCUCUUGACCGAACCAGAGUCAGUCAUCCGAGAUUUCUAUACGGAUCUCAAAGAACAACUCGGACCACAGUUUUGCAAUGUGUGGUUAAUGGUUGACAGGGUACCUGAGCUAAAGCCUAUUUUCAACGGAGAAGAACCUGACAUGCCUCAAGAUGAUAUGCUUGGAGGAAACAGCGAAUCUCGUUUUCAUGCUGUUUUUCUUAGUAUCAUUCGUACCAUUGCAGCCACAAAGAUGAUUACACUGUGCUUGGAUGAUUUGCAUGAGGCAGAUGAACCAUCUCUUCAUCUCAUAUCCACACUCAUUGCCUCUCGAAUUACUCUCUUGAUCAUAUUAACCUGUCGAGACAACCACGACCUACCGCAGUCUGUACUGAACAUCAUUCAAUGUACAGCGGACGAAGCCCAGAGAAUCCGUAUCAACCUCGGGCCUUUACCCCGAAAUGCUGUGACCAAACUUGUGAGCCAGACCUUGCAUCGUGAACCUGAGGAUGUUGAACAACUAUCCGAAUUGAUAUUCCGUCGCACUCGAGGUAACCCUUUCUUCGCCCGACAGUUUAUGAUGAUGAUGAAACGGCGGGAGGACAUUUGGUUCAACUGGGACGCAAAGCAAUGGCAAUUUAGACUUGACCACGCUACCCAAAAUUUAUAUCCACAGCAGCAACAAUUACAAGAACAGCAAUUGCAACAACAACAACAACAACAACAAAAGGGUGAAGGGUCCAAGAUAAAUAGCAAAGAAAUAUGUCAUUUGGUGUCUCAUCUAAAAGAUAUGGACCCACAUGCUCAGCAAUUUAUUAUGUGGGCUAGCUUGCUCGGAAGUCUAUUUGAUUUUAGACAGGUACAGUGGUUGAUGAUGACGGUUGAUCUGUCAGGUGAUGAAGCAGACCAAGCCGGAACAUCAACACCAACAUCAACAUCAACCCCAACGCCGACACCGACAACAUCAGUAGCGGUGGUUUCGGGACCAUCUUCAGCAUCUUCACUUGAAGAAGAUCUUCCGUUCUUGUUUGUGGAUCCCGCCAUUGAUUUACACCAAGACGAUCCCCGCGGAGGUCAGGCCAUGACAGGUCUUCAAGUUGCUCUUCAGGAGAAUAUCAUUGUACCAAAGCUUGGAAGCGAAUUCCAAUUUAUCCACGAUCGCUAUUACCAAGCUGCGGCCAUGUUGGUGAACCCGGACCAUGUCGAGCACAUGCAUCUUCGAAUCGCCCAAAUGCUUCUAGUCGACCCGGCUGCAGACAUCUUCCUGACAGCUGAUCAUGUGGUCAAGAGUCUGGAGUUGGUAAAACUCCUGCCAGACCGGAGCAAAUACCGUCAGAUCCUAAUGAAGGCCGGCGACGAAGGAUAUCGGUCCGGUGCACUCCAGAUGUCUAGCAUUUACUACAACACUACCCUCCAGCUGCUUUCCGAGACACCCUGGAAGCAAGAUGGCCCUGACGCAACCUAUGAAGAGACCCUGUCUCUCUACAUGAAGCUCACCGAGAUGAGCUGGCGCAACUCCGAGCGGGACCAAGCCUCUUGCUUCCUCCAGACAAUCAUGCACGAGACUGACAACCGACCGAUCGAUGGAGCGUAUGCGCUGAGAUUCCAGGCACGGAUGUACUUUGAGCAACAGAGACACCACGAUGGCAUCGGCACAAUUCUCAAGGCCCUUGGGGCCCUUGGCAUCACAUACAUUACCUCAGACCAUCUGUCCGAGUCCCAAGUCCUUGAGCUUUACACAAAAGUGCGCAGCUCGAUCGAAGAACUAGGCGACAAUCUGAUGACCAUCGGACCUUGCACAGACCCACGCAUGCUGGCCGCCAUGGCUCUACUAUAUGAAGCAUGCACCGGAGCAUACUGGAUCAGCCCACUGUUGGUAGACUUUAUGGCCUUGUGUCUGGUCCGCAUCUCGCUCAGAUAUGGAUUUGGAAUGGCUAGUGGCGGUGGCUUGAUUGGGGUUGGAUGUACGGCCGCCCGUCUGCUGCAAGUCCAAUUCGGUGCUCGGCUUGGCCAGCUUGGUAUGGCUAUCAGUGAGAAAUAUGCAGGAAAUUCGGAAAUUGCACGGGGUAUAAUUACCUAUCAUGUAAUUCUUGCACAGUGGACUACAGGAUGUCAUUAUCGAGAUCUUAUUUAUCAGUUCCAAAGAGCCUACAAAUUUGCUAUUGCUGGUGGUGACAAGAUGCAUUCGGCAUUGGCUCUGUUCCAUGCCUCGAGUACUCUUCUCUACACAAGUUUCAAUUUGUCUGAAAUCAACUUCCACAUUCACCGCAGCAUUGAGGAGUGCCUCGAUGACAGUUCACAAGAUGCCUACACUCUCAAUAUUUCAUUGUGGCGCACAAUCUUGGCAUUCCAAGGAAAGACCACAGUGUCAGAACCAGGCUGUCAAUUGGAUGAUCCUCCCCACAAGAAGAAUCCCUUUAGAGAGGAAGCUUUUGUUGCCAAUGUCUAUAGAAAAAAAGCAGCCGAUACUGGAUUCAAGAUUCUUGAGACUUCUUUAAAUCACCCAAGCCAUAGGCACAUUGGUAUCGCACUUUACUACCACUCAUUAUCAAUGAUCGCAUGUAUACGUGACACUGAAAUCGAUGAUUCAGUACGCAAGAUGUACCUUGAUCAAGUUGCUAAAAACCAGACCAUUCUAUCCUCUUGGGCCGAUCAUUCAGAAGUCAAUUAUCGCAUGUAUUACAAAGUUGUGGAAGCUGAAAGAUCUACACUCGAUAAUGACAUGGAAAGGACCUGUCGUUUGUUUAAUGCUGUUAUCGAGAUUGGCCUUAAAGGUCAGUGGUAUUCUUUCCUUGGCUUAACAUAUCAGCUCCUUGCAGAGUACUACGUUAGAGCCAAGAUCAAUAUGUUGGCUCUACCGAUGUUGAACCAAUCGAUCGAAUUUUAUGAAUGCUGGGGAGCAUAUGGCAAAAUGCAGUACAUGUCCGAGAGAUAUGGACAUAUCAUCAAUAGCAACAAAGCCAUGACUCGUAAAGUUGAUGCGUCUACCCAGACUGAAGAACAAGACAUGACCAAUGGAUUCUGGCAAGACGAGGACUCUUCUCCUGAACCGUCGUUUAGAGAAUUGUAUGGGGACGAGUCUAUUCCGGGUUUAUUGGAUACAGAAACGGCCUUAUUCUCGCUUGAUAUUAUGGAUCUUACAUCUAUUAUUAAGAGUUCUCAAGUGAUCUCCAACGAAAUGAAUUCGUUUGAUGAGCUCUUAAAAAAGAUGAUGGGGAUCAUCAUGGCCAACGCAAGCGCCAAUGUCGGAGCCAUUAUCAUCAAAGAAGGCGAGUUUGGUAUUGCUGCUCACUCAACAAAGGAUGAAGGAUGCCGAACUUGCUAUCCUCCGAUGCGCCUCGACGACGGGACAGAUCUUAUUUCAACGCUGGUGGUCCACUACGUGAUCCACACCCAGACCGUACUGUUUAUUCCAAACAUGCAAGAAGACACUCGAUUCGCGACCGGAACUUGGCUGCUUCGUGCCGAGGCUGUCUCGGUCAUCUGCUUGCCUAUAAUGCACAAAAACAAACUCGUCGGCGUACUCUAUCUGGAAGCAAACCUCAGUACCUUUACACGCAAACAUGUUACGGUUCUGUCGUUACUAUGUGACCAGAUUGGUAUCUCGGUAACAAAUGCGUUAUUGUUCAAGUCGGUUCAGGAAGCUACGACUGCAAAUGCAAUCAUGAUCACGAAACAACAAUGUGCUCUUGAGGAGGCUCGCAAGAGUAAAGAACAGGCACUCAAGGCAACUGAAUUAAAGUCAAAUUUCUUGGCUAAUAUGUCCCAUGAGCUUAGAACACCAUUUUCGGGCUUCUAUGGUAUGAUAUCCUUGCUGAGUGAAACUCGCCUGGAUGCAGAACAGCGUGAAUUUGUGUCGAUUGCAAAACAGAGUUGUGAAAUGCUUCUUCAGAUUAUUGAUGAUCUAUUGGAUUUCUCAAAGCUAGAAGCACGCAAAGUCAAGAUUCAAUACGGACUGUUCUAUAUCGAGGAUCUCAUUGCAGAUCGAAUUGAAUUGCUUAUUAACCUUGCUUCUAAAAAGAAUCUUGAAUUGACAUAUUUUAUCAACCAAGAUGUCCCACCUAUUGUGUAUGCCGAUGGACAUCGUAUUGGCCAAGUUUUGAUGAAUUUGAUCGGCAAUGCGAUAAAGUUUACGCAUGUGGGAGAGGUUGUUGUACGAUGUGAAAUUGACAAUGACACCGAUGACUUGAAAAUCCCGCUUAAAGAAAAUGAAAUGAUGCUAAGGUUUUCUGUGCAAGAUACUGGUAUCGGCAUGACUAAGGAAGAAACCAAAUGUCUUUUCUUACCAUUCAGUCAAGUAGACGGAUCAACUACAAGAAACUUUGGUGGAACUGGUUUAGGACUUUCUAUCUGUCUUGAGCUUGUAAGCCUGAUGGGUGGAAACAUUUGGGUGGAGUCACAUGGAGGCUCUGGAUCAACGUUUGUCUUCCGGGUGAGAGUCAUGAAGGUUGCGUCUGUAGCUGAACCUGGUAUCGAAAUCGAUCCAAGAAACAGUGAAGCUUUGGAGUAUACCAAAAAACUUGGAGAGCCUCGCAUCUUGCUCGCAACUUCAAAGAGAGUGAGCGACAUGAUCAAAACCGUCAUCCCAUUCGAUGUCAGUACAAUCGAGUCUCCCGAAAAGGCCAUCGAAGUUUUCAAGAGCAUCGCCGACAUUAGCCAAGAAAUUGCAGGACUACCAUCACCACCAUUGCCAACAACAGCUGCGUACGACUGUGUAAUUCUAGAUAUGCCGCCCACAAGAACGGUCCAAAAUUUGCUGGAUACUAUCGAAUCUACCGAGGAACUGAAAAAUAUCCACAUAAUCAUGCUCUAUGCUCCUACUGUCGACAAUAUCAAACGACAGAUCGGAAAUGCUAAUCCCAAUACCUCACUGCGCCCUGAUGCAGUCAAUCCAAUGUUCCAUCCCAGGGUUACGCGUCUCUCAAAGCCUAUCCGUAAACUUAAACUUCUCGGCGCACUACUUCAGUCGGUCAAUUCUAACACCCCAUUCCCUAAAAACCCUUGUCAAGAAGUAUGUAAAAAUACCACAGCAUGUAUUAAUGAGGCAGGAAAACAGAUUGACCAUGUUGAGCCUUCCUUUUCAUAUGCCCACAAACACCGCGAGGGAUUCGCACCGGAAGAAUUGGCCGUUUUUCAGCAACAGAAGAUUCUUGUGGCUGAAGAUAAUCCUGUUGCUCAGAAAUUGAUUGUGAAACAAAUGACUCGCCUUGGUUUCUCGGUUGAAACCUGUAAUAAUGGGUUCGAAUGUAUAGAAACCUGGAAGAGUCGGGGCCCAGGUUACUUUUCACUUGCAUGGAUUGAUCACCAUAUGCCAGGAUGUGAUGGUUUGGAGGCGACUGUUAAAAUUCGAGCCUUGGAAGCAGAUAUGGAUGUAGCAAUAACACUACCAAUCAUUGCUCUCACAGCCGAUAUUCAAAAGACUGCCCAACAGAACUGCUUGGAUGCAGGAAUGAACGAUUAUCUCACAAAACCGUUGAUGCAGAAGGACCUUGCGGCAGUUUUGCGCCGUUAUUGCUUCCAUCCUAAUGGUGGAACAAGAACAACACAUUUUGAAGAAGAACAAGAACUCACCGUCUACAAACCUUCAAUGAAGCUCAAUCUCUUUAUCGCACUUGGUCUUUUGGCUUCCGUUAUGCUCGUUGCUGCCGAUGACAAGAGCGGCUACAGCGACAAGGACAAAAAGGACAACAAGGAUGUCAAGGAUUACAAGGAUGACAAAGACUACAAGGACCACAAGGGCAAGUAUUAUUACCAUGACAAGGACGACAAGGACAAGAAGGAUGACAAGGACAAGAAGGAUGACAAGGACAAGAAGAAUGGCAAGGACAAGAGAGAUGAUAAAGACAAGAAGGAAGACAAGCACGAUAAAGACAAGAAGGAUGAUAAACAUGAUAAAGACAAAAAGGACGACAAGCACGAUAAAUACAAGAAGGGUGGUAAACACUAUAAGAAGGAUGAUGACAAGGAUGACAAGCACAAGAAGGAUGACAAGGAUUAUAAGCACAAGAAGUAUGAUGACAAGGAUGACAAGGAUGAUAAGCACAAGAAGGAUGAUGACAAGGACGACAAGGACGACAAGGACAAGAAGGAUGACAAGUGGUGGAAUUACAAAGACAAUAUCUUGAAGAAGUCUGACUUUGGAAAGUAG